UACUGGAUACAUGGAUGUUUGCCUAACUACCAACAAGGAGGCAUUUAUGGUAGAAUGUUGUGUGGAAAUCGUUGGUGUUAGUCGACUUUAAAAAGUAAAAACAGGAGUCUGAAAUUCACCAUGUCUGCCAAAGUACUGCACGGUCGUAGAAAGGGACAAGAAAGAGGUGGCCAGAAAAUGCCCAUCGAGAUACAGAAUGCCACCUUACAAUUACAAAGUGGAGCCGACCUACGGCAGGUCACAGUGUUGUCCAAAACAGACUGGGAAAGGAUACAGCGAGAGCUAAAUAGAAGGCAAAUUGAGGAGGAUCGGAUCAGGAGGAUCACGGAAGAACGCGAAGAACAGAAAAACAGAUCAAAAGAAAUGGUCAAAAACUGGGGCAAUACCAUUGCUGGUCAAAGGCAGAGGAAAUUGGAGGCACGGAAAAUACGUGAACGGAGAGAGGAGGAAGAAAGAGUGAAAGUUGACUUGGAGGAAGCUCAGUAUCAGGCUGCCCAGAGAAGAGAGGCCAUUGAGAAAGCUAAGACACAACAGUAUUAUCAAACAGAUCGAGUCAAGGCAUUCCAUGGGGCGCUGCUGCUCACGGAGGUGUUGAAGGAACGCGAGGCUCAGCUGGAACUUAAGCAGCUGAAAGAGCGAGCCAGUGAGGGCAAGGAUCAGGAGUGGCUUGAGAUCACUCGGAGGGAGUAUGAGGAAGGGAUCCAGAAGGACCAUGCCAAGGCCGCAGACAGAAUCUCUGCUGCAAGAGAAACAGCCGAUUUCCAGAAGGCACAAGUAAGAGAGCACAUGAUUCAGGCUGAGAAGGAACAGGAUGAUGAUUGCCUUGAGGGCAGAGAGCUGAAGACCCUGGCCUUGCAGCACCAGGUAGAGAAGGAGAGGCUCGAGAACAUCCGCCGGGAUGAGAGGAAGCAGAUGAUCGUGGACAACCUGCAGCAGCAGCAGGACGUCAUCAGGAUGAGGGACAUCAACCAGCUGCAGGAGGAGGAGGAGGAUGAGGAGUGCAGAAUAUUCGCUGCAGCCAAGAGGAAGAUGAUGAAGCUCCGGGCUGAGAAGGAGAAACAGAUUCACAGAGAGAAGCAACAGCACCUGGAGAAGAUCCGGGAGAAGCUUGGUGCCCAGAUGAAGGAGAAGCUUGACGAUGAGGAUGUCCGCAUCCAGCGCGCCGAGGAAGAGAUGGAGCAGAAGAAGGUCCUCGAGGAAGCAGAGAAGAGCAAGAAGGUUCACAAGAUGAUUCAGGAGUCUGCUGAACACAGAAACAAGCAGAUGAAGGAGUUGGAAGAGAAGAAGAAGUACGAGCGGCGUGAGGAACUUGAAAUGGUCCAUCUGAAGAAAGCUGCCGAUGAAAUUUUCCAAAGGAAUGAGGAGGAAAAGCAGCGAAGGAAGCGGAACAACGCCAGCGAGCUGAAGGACUUCCAUGAGAAGCAGCUGAAUGACCGCCGCCUCAUCGAAUCCAUGAUCCGCCAGGACCAGUUAGCGCUGGACAAAGCCAACAUGGACCUACUGGACAUUGAGGAACGUCAAUUCCAGGAGUACGCCGGCAAGGUCAUUGACCACUGCGAGAAGGGUGGUCGCAACGUGUACCCACUACGUAAGGCCGCCAAGCAGGGGGCUGGAGGUGGUGCAGGACCAAUAUUUGCAGGGAAAGGAGGAAUCCGACCCAGCUACAUGGCCUGCGACAAGACUGGCGUCCAGAUGCCUCACUAUCAGAGGGACUCGACCAACGAGACCAAGGAAAUCAUUAAUGCCAACGGGAACACCAAGAAACGAAUGGGAUUUGUGUGGUAACCUUAUAUCCCUCUAAUGUUUGAACUUUUGUGAAUUAAUGUUGUAAAAGAUUACUUGAAAUUGAAUGCUAUAAUGAUCAGUUAUUUAACAAGUCCAGUGUCCACUUGCACAAAGCGAUCUUAGCUACAACUUUUGUAAGCCUCUGUAAAAAUAUGGGAGUUACAAUAAUCUUAGUGCUAAGAUCUCUUUGUGCAAGUGGGCCCUGGUCCUAUUCCACAAAGUAAUCUCAGCACUACUGUAAGUCUGUUAGUGUAUUGGAGUUCGGAACAUUUUAGCGCUGCAAUCACUUUGUGGGACGGGACCCUGAUACCUGUUUCAAAUUAUUGUGACCAUAUUUGGUCAUAAAGGAAAGUAUUUUUUAAUUUCUUUCAAAAUGUUCAAUUCGAUAGGUUUUGAUAUAUCAUAAAACCUAACAGCCUUACACUAGAAUCAUGUACAUUCACCACCAGUAUGUAGUUAUUUGAAAGGCUUAAAAAAAUAAAAGAAUUGGUUCUCAGGCAAUGGCUUUGGAAAAUGUGCAGGCAGGCAGUGUUUUUUUUCCAUUUUUUAGUUGUUAAGGCUAUUACGUAACCAAGUUUUGUUACAAUAAUUUCGCGAAAUCAAGUUGUUCUUUAGUAUUGUUGCAUUUCACUGACGGGGUAGUGUGUUCAAGAUGCGGAAUAUUUAAAGAUUUUUUAAUUUGUUUGAAAAAUGGAAAUAAAAAUGAAACGUACGGCAGACUUCAGGAUGAUGUGGGCGGUGCCUGAGAACCAAGACUAUUAUAUUUUUAGCCUAAUGUUGUUACUUCUUGGUACCUCAGUGGUCUUUGACAUUCCCAAUAUUGAGUCAAUAACUAUUUUCUAGGUUUUUUUGAGCCAUGCGAAAGUCUCUAGAAUGGAAAUUGGAUAUUUGAAUGAAUACAUGUUGAAAUGCUAUGUAUUAUGCUUCAUAAGCCCACUGGCUUUUUAAUAAAGCUUUGUACAUAUAUUGAAUCUUUCAAGACUUUCCUGUGAUCAUAAUUAUUGGGAACAUUUUAUGAGUUGAGUUUACAUGUAUAAUGUGUGUCUUUGUUGACCAAUACAAGCGGAUUCCUUUUUAAAAGAAACUAUUUUUUGCAUUGCAGCAAGAAUAUUUUCUUACUCUAUAAGAUACUUGUGUUAUUUAAUUGAUGAUGUAGAGGAUGUGUAGAGGGGAAUGGACUGUUUAUAAAGUGUCAGAAACACUGGUCACAGCAUCUGUGGUAAUGUGUGUAUCAAUAUUGGUAGAGCCUCUUCAUCUGUAUGAAACAACUGUGAUAUCGGCAGUCUUCUCUGGAUAACUUGAAAGGCGUGGUAAAUGAAUCUCAUUCCUGAGCAGGGAAAGUGAACAUUACUUGUUAUGUAAAUAUCAAAUUAUGGUUGAAACAAAGUGACUUUCCUUCGUUUCUUUCGGUUUGUCAUAUCCAGUGCUGACUGUACGUGUAAAAUAAACUUUCGAUAAAACUGAA